GACGCACAGAAAUUUUAAACUCUCGUCCUUCUCAGUAAUGGCGGCUUCGUUUCGUUCUCUCCCUGCCAGCAGUAACAAUAAAUGGUGCUUCACCCGACAACAGAUCGAAAACAGCCCUUCUCGGCGAGCUGGACUGGACCCCGAUAAGGAGCUGUCCUACAGGCAACAGGCAGCGAACCUGCUCCAGGACAUGGGACAACGGCUCAAUGUAUCCCAACUCACUAUUAAUACAGCCAUUGUGUACAUGCAUCGGUUUUACAUGGUCCAGUCAUUCUCGAGAUUUCACAGAAAUGUUAUUUCUCCCGCUGCUCUUUUCCUGGCUGCGAAGGUCGAGGAGCAGCCCAGAAAGUUGGAACACGUCAUUAAGGUGGCACAUGCAUGUCUCAACCCCCAGGAUCCUUCUCCAGAUGUGCGCAGUGAUGCUUACCUGCAACAAGCCCAAGACCUGGUCAUUCUUGAGAGCAUAAUUCUCCAGACCCUGGCUUUUGAAAUCACGAUUGAUCAUCCUCACACUCAUGUCGUCAAGUGCACACAGCUUGUUAGAGGUUCUGUUAUUCCAGCCAGUAAAGACCUUGCCCAAACAUCAUACUUUAUGGCCACCAACAGUCUGCACUUGACCACAUUCUGCCUUCAGUAUAGCCCACCUGUUGUGGCCUGCGUGUGUAUCCAUCUCGCUUGCAAGUGGUCCAACUGGGAAAUCCCUGUGUCUACGGAUGGCAAACACUGGUGGGAGUAUGUUGAUCCCACAGUUACCCUCGAGUUAUUAGACGAGCUUACUCACGAGUUCCUUCAAAUCCUGGAGAAAACACCCAGUCGGCUGAAACGCAUUCGCAACUGGAAGGCUGGCGGUCAGACACCCAAAGUCAAGCCAAAGAUUCAGGAAGAUGGCGACCAGAGGGACACCAUGAUCAACAUGAUUUCUAUGGCUUCAUCAGAGAGUACUGUAGCGGGCCUGUUGAGCCUCUCAGCUCCACCGUCCACCUCCUCUUCAUCAUCUAUCAGUGACAAGGACAGGGCUAUGCCCAUUAGUGCUCAGACGUGGAGUGGAAAGGGUCAGGCUGGAACUGAGCAGCAGCAGCAGCCCAACCAUGAAGUGCACACCCCAGCAAAGGUAUCCCUGAGUGAGUACCGUGCCAAAAAUGCUGAUGUCCUGGCAGCACAGAAGAGAAAGCUUGAGAACAUGGAGGCCAGUGUGAAGAGGGAAUAUGCAAACGCAGCCCAGGCUCUCAUUGGCCAGCAGCAGAGAAAGGAGAAGCAACAGCAUCAUCAUCACCAGCAGUCCAGUUCCUCUUCCUCCUCUGACAUGCCCAACCCAUCACCCAUUAUUCUUAAAAUUCCCUUGGAGAAGGAGAGGCAUCUGAAAAUGCGUAUUCCACACACCGGAGCAGUCAGUGACGCCACUCGAGGUCAGGAUCCAGACAUCAAAGUAAAAAUACGAGUGCCUGAGAAGCAAAGAGGGAGUUCUGGAGAGGAGGGCAAGAGUAGCAGGGACAAGCACAGGGACCGUGCAUACCAUCAUCACCAUCAUCACAACCAUCAUCCUCACCACCAUUCCUCCUCUUCUAGCAGUGCUUCAGUUUCUUCUUCACACAAACAUUCAUCUGCUUCCAGUGGAACACUGGGAAGCAGCAAAAAAGUUCUGAGCUCGUCCUCUUCCUCCUCCUCAUCUAGAAAGCGGGUACACUCCCAAGACCCUGUAGCAGGCUCCCAACCAGCUGCCAAAGCCAGCAAGACUUCUAGAAAUCCCUACCAGUUACCGUCCCUGUCUUCCUCCUCAGGGCAAACUCUGGCUCACGGAUUGGACAUUCUGCCUUCUCUGAGCCUUUCCCACAGCCAGGGGACGUAUUCACACUCCAAAACUGACAAAACAGAUACUAAUGGACACGGUUCAGCAAGCGGGGGCCAGUCUAAUGAGUACCAGGACACUUUUGAAAUGCUAAACUCAUUGCUGAGCGCUCAGGGGGUCCAACCAUCUCAGCCAUCCAUGUUUGAAUAUAGAUCUCAUUAUGGUGACUAUCGGUACACUGGUGGCUCCAGAGGGAACAACUCCAGACCCCCACCCUUACCUUCAGAACCGCCUCCCCCACUUCCACCUUUACCCAAAUAGACCUCUGAUCAGGAGUUGUUCUGUACAUUGUACUUGAAGUCCCAAACGUCCUCUUUGUUACAUAAAGCAUUGUAUAAGUUUUUUGUGUCUUCUACACACCCAACAUGUUGGUAGGCUGAAAAUGACUUUCCCCUUUUACUUGUGGGGCAAUAACAAGGUUUGAGAGCCUCGCCGAAUGUGGGAUUAAAAAAAAAGACUUAGCGGAAAUUGUAUAUAUAUAAAUAUUUAUAUUUUCUUUUUGUAACUUCCAAUGCGAUGUGGUUGAGGUUAAGAAAUGAGUUCUGUUGAAAUUUUAAAGGAAUCCAAACUGCCAUCAGAAACCUUUUUAGGUUCUUUUACCAGUUAUUUUUGUAAUGGUUUUAUAGUAUGUUAUUUAUUGAUUGAGUGGUUUUUAAAAAACGUUCUUUUAAAAUUAAUUUUGGUUUAAGAACGCAUAUCUCCAAAGCCAUGUUUAACAGCAACCUGGUUCCAUACCUAGUGUUUGUUUUUGUUUGCAGCAUUUUUUAUUUUUUGGGUACCAUGUAUGAAGAUUGUAUAGUCAGAUGUUUUAAACAUUUUUUUUACAUUUGUUACUGAAAAUUACAAACAAAAAAAGGGGGGGGGGUGACGUAAGCGAACUUGUACGUCUCUCUUUAGACUUGGUGUUGCAGUCAUUGUUUUAAAUGGUUGUAAAAUAUGCAUACUUUGUUCCUUAGUAAAUAAACACACUAACUUCA